AUGUCAUCGAAAGCCGGUGAACGUUUUUUGAAUGGACCAAUAAGGGAUCCAAGAACGAGUCCUCUAAACAGAGUGUUGAAUGUGCGUUAUGAAAAUCUCGCAAGGCAGAGGCGUGCAGAAGAAUGGUCUUUGUCUUCUGCUGAAGAAACGGGAAACCGCAUUGAAGAAAACAAAACAUCUAGAAGUGUGAAUGUACGGGAAUUUGACAACACUCCAUUGUUGAACACGCCCAUUUCAAAGAGACGCUAUUUCGUGAAAAAGCCUCUGAAUUUGAAGAAAAAACCAGUAAGCUAUGAAGAUAUGGUGUCGGUUGACCAGUCACCUGGAGAGCCAUCCGAGAAGAAAGAGAGAUGUCAUGGCGUGGGUACUACUGCAGGAGACAACAGUGCACAAAUGAUCAACCACAACACAGAUGAAACUACAUUGGGAAUAGUUUCAAAUUUUCCUGAAGAGACGUUUGUGAGUCAUGAAGAAGGAAGAACGCGAAAGGUCAGUAGCAUUGAAGAGCCGGUGCAAUUCCAAGAAUCUGUGGGACACAAGGAGAGCACUGAAGAAUAUUUGAAGCUUAUCAGUGAAAUCACCAUAUCUGAAACUGGUCACGAAAUCUAUAACAAUGCGACAGAAGACAUUGACACGGCUGCAGAUGACAAAAAGUCUGAAAACAAGUUAUCUAAUGACGUCAUCUCCUUCCUUCAAGCACGUAAAGACUGGGACAGCUUCAAAAAUAACAAUGCUCCUAAAAAUUUUUUCAAACGACUCGAACUUUCCGUUCGGACGAAUGCAAAUGACGAAAUGAAGAUUUUCAAUGAAAUCGGGAAGAAGUUCGAGCCGAAAAAUGAUGAGCCAGUGUAUUCCGAGAUCAAAAAUUCGUUGACUGCAAUCUUCAAAAACCACAACAUCUGCUGCGGUCUAUUUUAUGCGAAGGAGCCCAUCACUUGCUGCACGGGAUGCAGCAUGUACUAUCACUACAAGUGCAGGGAGCUUAAGUUCAAUGAAGGGAAAUCGACAACAGAGUGUGAAUGUCAAAAGUCGGAGAUACUCACUGGUAAAUUUGCGGCAAUUGAUCUUCCACCAACGUUUCUGUCGAAAUACAUGGAAAAAGUUGUGAACACACGGAAGAAAUCGAGCAGAGAGGUGAUUAUUCGAGAGGUGUACUCCGAGAAGAUUCAAGAAGAAUUUGGAGAAAAUGUGAAGAAGCUAUAUAAGACCAGCGGGAAAGCAGUUCCAGUAAUCGAAUAUAAAGAUAGAAUCUUUACUGUGUAUAUCAAAGUGCGAAAUUGCCCAAUCAACAUUUUUUCUCUCCAAGUGCAAGAAUACAAGAUGGGAAAGAAAGUUUACAUUGGAUACUUGGACUCGGUGAUGUUUAUUAAGGAUACGACAGAAAGAGGUCAGCUGUAUCGAUCCGUUCUUUUGGCAUACUUCGACUUCAUAAGGAACAUUGGAUAUGAAGACGUUCAAAUCUACUCGCAAGCUCCAGAGUCAAAUAAAAAGAAAUAUAUGUUUAAUGGCUGCCCAAAAACUCAAAGACUGAUAAGUCAAACACAUCUCCGAGGAUGGUAUGAUAGAAUGCUCAGAGAAGGAAUAGAGGAGAAGAUCGUUGCGUCAUACACCCACACCUACAACAUCAAACCGGAUGCAGAUGUAUUUUCUCUUAUUGAGUACCUCUACUGCAUCGGUGGAUCUUGGUGGAAGAAGUUAGAGAGAUUGAUUACUAGCAACAAGGAGAUUGAUUUCAAUGCUUCCAAAUCCGACGUCUUUCUGAAGAAGAUCGGAGACAUGGUCAAAGUCGAAGACGAGAAGCUUUACCAUGUAAACCUUUGUUGUCCAACUGGCCCAUUGAUGAAGUUCGAGGACAAUUACGAGAUUGGCAGCAUUUCUGAAGAACCGGAUGACGACUGGCUACAGUACCAGAAGAGAAAUGGUCUAAAUUUUGAAACUGAUAUCAGUGCGAUGUUCGCAUCAGCGGUCAUGGUUCAAGCUGUGUUGAGAAAACAAGAAGAAACUGCAGCCAAGAACGAUCAAGAUGUGGUCAAGACAGCAUCUUUCUGA